UUGAUGUCCCUUCCGUAGUUGGUCUCCUGGCUUCAGGGGGCGGGUCCGGUCUACUCCCGUACAGUGUGGUUUGCGUGGGCGCGUGCUUGUGGGGGCGGGAGCGCGUGUGGCAUGUAACAGGUCAUGUGGCAGCCUCCGAGGGACACGCGUGGGGUCUGGAUCAGGACAGGCGUGUGCAGCUGGACCCUACGUGUGGUUCAGGAGAUGAUGGACGAGAGAGAACUCAACACGAGUGGGGUGGGGCAUCUGAGGGUUUAGGGAACAGAACCGGGGGUUCUUACAGUCUCGCCUUCCUCCGGCCUGAGCGGGGCCCAGCCUCUCUGCUUCUCUUCCGUUCCAGCUCCGAACGAGCAGCGGCCUGUCUGAAGAGCAUGCAGCCCCCUCACUCCCUGCGUGGCCUGGCCAUCCCUGCCCCACCAGCCUGACCCCCGGCCCCAGCAUGGCCCAAGGUGCCAUGCGCUUCUGUUCAGAAGGCGACUGUGCCAUCUCCCCACCACGAUGCCCUCGCCGAUGGCUCCCCGAAGGCCCAGUGCCCCAAAGCCCCCCAGCCAGCAUGUAUGGCAGCACAGGAUCCCUAAUACGAAGAGUGGCAGGAGCAGGUCCUCGAGGCCGGGAUCUGGGACGUGUGACAGCACCUUGCACCCCUCUGCGAGGCCCCCCGUCACCCCGUAUGGCUCCCUCACGCUGGGGACCCUCUUCACCCACUGGGCAGCCCCCACCGGGGGCACAGAGUUCCGUGGUCAUCUUCCGUUUUGUGGAGAAGGCCAGUGUGAGGCCGCUGAAUGGCCUACCUGCUUCCGGAGGCCUGAGUCGGAGCUGGGACCUGGGUGGGGUUUCUCCUCCCAGGCCCUCCCCAGUCCUUGGACCUGGCUGCAACCGGAAGUUGCGGCUAGAGGCAUCCACAUCAGACCCACUCCCAGCUGGAGGAGGCUCUGCUCUUCCUGGCAGCCAGGACCCCUCACGUGGGCCAUUGGUCCCAUCCCAGAUUGGGGCGGAUGGUCUUUACUCCUCUCUCCCCAAUGGGCUGGGGGGGACCCCUGAGCACCUGACCAUGCACUUCCGAGGACCUGCAGAUACUGGAUUCCUAACCCAGGGGGACACCUGGUCCUCCCCCCGGGAAGUCUCCUCUCAUGCGCAGAGAAUUGCUCGAGCCAAAUGGGAGUUCUUCUAUGGCUCCCUGGACGCCCCCAGCUCAGGUGCUAAACCCCCAGAGCAAGUCCUCCCAUCACAUGGGGCGGGCUCCAAGCAAGGCUCUGGGGUGGCUGUGGGGCGAGCAGCCAAGUACUCUGAAACAGACCUGGACACGGUACCCCUGAGGUGCUACCGGGAGACCAACAUCGACGAGGUGUUGGCGGAGCGGGAGGAGGCUGACUCGGCCAUCGAGAGUCAGCCCAGCUCGGAAGGCCCUGCCGGCACUGCCCGCCCCCCUGCCCCACGACCCAGCCCAUGCCCUGGCCCUCCUUCCAGCUUGGGCAGUGGCAAUGAAGAUGAGGCUGGAGGUGACGAGGACGUGGAGGAUGAGGUGUUUGAGGCCUCAGAGGGGCCCCGACCAGGGGACCACAUGCCAUUCUCUGGGCCUCUCAAGUCACCAGUGCCCUUCCUACCUGGGACCAGCCCUUCAGCGGAUGGGCCUGACUCUUUCAGUUGUGUGUUUGAAGCCAUCUUGGAGUCACACCGGGCCAAGGGCACCUCCUAUAGCAGCCUUGCCUCCCUGGAGGCCCUGGCCUCACCUGGCCCAACCAAGAGCCCCUUCUUCACCUUUGAGAUACCUCCCCAGCCCCCAGCUCCCCGGCCUGACCCACCGGCACCUGCCCCACUUGCCCCUCUUGAACCAGAUUCUGGUACCAGCUCUGCUGCUGAAGGUCUGCGGACCCAAAGAGGGGUGACAGAAGAGUCAGAUGCUGGGACCAAGCUGGCCCCAAGGAGGGAGCUUCCUAGUCCCUCCCACUCUGAGGAUAGCCUUGGGCUGGGGGCAGCACCCCUUGGCAGUGAACCACCCCUAAGCCAGCUGGUGUCCGACUCAGACUCAGAGCUGGACAGCACAGAGCGGCUGGCCCUGGGAAGCACAGAUACCUUGUCCAAUGGGCAGAAAGCAGACCUGGAGGCUGCACAGCGCCUGGCCAAGAGGCUGUACCGACUUGAUGGCUUCAGGAAGGCCGAUGUGGCCCGGCAUCUGGGCAAGAACAACGACUUCAGCAAAUUGGUGGCUGGCGAGUAUCUCAAGUUCUUUGUCUUCACGGGCAUGACUCUGGAUCAAGCUCUCAGGGUGUUUCUAAAGGAGCUGGCCUUAAUGGGUGAGACCCAGGAGCGGGAGCGUGUACUGGCCCACUUCUCCCAGCGGUACUUCCAGUGCAAUCCUGAAGCCCUGUCCUCAGAGGACGGUGCUCACACGCUGACCUGUGCCCUCAUGCUCCUCAACACAGAUCUCCACGGCCACAACAUUGGGAAGCGCAUGACAUGUGGGGACUUCAUCGGAAACCUGGAGGGCCUCAAUGAUGGCGGCGACUUCCCCAGGGAGCUGCUCAAGGCCUUGUACAGCUCCAUCAAGAAUGAAAAAUUGCAGUGGGCCAUAGACGAGGAGGAGCUGAGACGGUCGCUGUCUGAGUUGGCCGACCCUAACCCCAAGGUCAUCAAGAGGGUCAGCGGGGGCAGUGGCAGCAGCUCCAGCCCUUUCCUGGACCUGACUCCUGAGCCUGGGGCUGCUGUCUACAAGCACGGAGCCCUGGUUCGAAAGGUGCACGCGGACCCUGACUGCAGAAAGACACCUCGAGGGAAGCGUGGCUGGAAGAGCUUCCACGGGGUUCUCAAGGGCAUGAUCCUCUAUCUGCAGAAGGAGGAGUACCAGCCUGGGAAGGCUCUUUCCGAGGCAGAGCUGAAGAAUGCCAUCAGCAUCCACCAUGCCCUGGCCACACGAGCCAGUGAUUACAGCAAGAGGCCACACGUCUUCUACCUGCGCACUGCUGACUGGCGGGUCUUCCUCUUCCAGGCCCCGAGCCUGGAGCAGAUGCAGUCCUGGAUCACUCGCAUCAAUGUGGUGGCUGCCAUGUUCUCUGCACCCCCCUUCCCAGCUGCCGUUAGUUCCCAGAAGAAAUUCAGCCGUCCUCUGCUUCCCAGUGCCGCCACCCGCCUAUCCCAGGAGGAGCAGGUGAGGACCCAUGAGGCCAAGAUGAAGGCCAUGGCAAGCGAACUCCGCGAGCACCGGGCUGCACACCUGGGAAAGAAGGCCCGAGGCAAGGAGGCUGAUGAGCAGCGGCAGAAGGAGGCUUACCUGGAGUUCGAGAAAUCCCGCUAUGGCACCUAUGCGGCGCUGCUUCGAGUCAAGAUGAAGGCAGCCAGCGAGGAGCUGGAUGCCGUAGAGGCAGCACUGGCCCAGGCCGGGAGCACGGAGGACGGAUGCCCUCCACCUCACUCCAGUCCUUCCCUGCAGCCCAACCCCAACCCCACCAGCCAGACCCGGGCUCAGCGUUCUGGCUCGGAAGCCCGGGCUGGGGCAGGCAGUUCAAGGCCAAAGCCCUGAGCAGGGAACAGGAGCAAUGGGGGCGGUGCCCGCUGGGCACCUGCAUGAUGACACAGCCCUGCCCGAGCUCAGCUAGCCUCGGGCCACCCACGAGGGCCUCCUGGCCCAGGGCCCGACCGCGCCGGACGCGGUGUCCGGGGCAGGGCAGGGCUGAGCCGGGCCUCAGAGCCCAGGCUAAGGGCCUCUCAGAGACCCCCUUUUUUGUGAUAAUGUUUUGCACUUUUUCGUACAGGAAGGGUGGGUAGGGUGGGAGGGGCCCAUGCCCCUCAUUUUUGAUUGGGGUUUUCUUUUGUUUUCCUUUCAUGGGGGGAGGCCUGAUAAAGUUUCCGCUCUCUGCUGAGACCGCCCACCCUGACACCAGCAGUACCCUUCAUCCUGGGGCCUGGCUCAGACAGAGGCCAGGAGUUGGGGCUGAGCUGGUCCCCGUCUUUCUCCCCAAGGGCUCACCUCUCUCUUCAGAGACAGGAAGGGCGUCCACAUUGAGGUCCCAUCCACAGGUGGGGCUCCCCUCCUUUGGUGGGCCCCGCCCUUUGUAUAGCCUCCACCCUCAUUAAAACUGCUCUGAAUUGC